AUGGAAAAGAUUUUAUUUGAGUGUAGUUUACAUGGUCAUAUUAGUAAUAAUUUAAAAGAGAAAUUACUAGACAGAUUAAUAGGAAUAUGCGGGACUCAUCCUAUACCAAUUUUUGAACACGAAAUUGGCUUUGUACCAACAAUACAAACUCCGGAAGGACCUACACGAAACGAAGAUAUAUUAUUAAGGUUAAAGUCACCAAUUGAAGAAAACGAUUUAACCAAACGACAAUGGAUAUUAUGUCAACUCGGACUUCCAGAAACAAGAACGGGUAGAACCGUAACAGUCCGACCGGUGUUAUAUUCGAAGAUCUCCACCGGGGAUGCACUUAAAUUUAUGAAUGUGCUCGGAUAUAGAUACGCAUUCGAAUUUGCCAAAAAAGGAAUUGUAUUUACGUUUCGUGAUGCGCUAAAAAUAAGCAUCACACAAAUCUUCAAGGCAUACGUUCAACUUGAAGUGUCCAAAUUAACGCCGUAUGAUCCAAAGGAAAAUUGGAUGGUAGAAGUAACUACUAUCCCGGUGCCACAAGAUCAGGUUGAUGCAUGUUGUUUGGAGUUAAGAUUAUUUGGUGAUUCUUUGAAAGGAAUCUUGAACUUAUUUCAUGUUGAUCAUUUGGUUUUACAAAAUAAAAUUCAUUAUUCCUAA